AAUUUUUUCAUAUCCAGUGUCUCUAAACUCCUCUCCCUUUUCACGAGCCGGUGGACUGUUUGAAAAACAUGUUAGGCACUGAAUUUAGGCCUAGUUACUCGAGGGCUCCACCCUCGCUCGCCUUCGCUUCCUUCUACAACAUAUGUACUAGCUGUCCUGAGCAUUUUAUACGCUGAUUGUAGAUAGGUUGCUUGAAGGGCAGAGCACAGCUUACCGAACUAUGACCUGCUGGCUCUAUAGCCUCAAUUCUGAAUUUGGAAUGCCUGACCUGCUGCGUUGACAUUCCUCCCUUCUUCGAAGCUAUUACGCUGGGCCAAUGGGCUUGCCGUGGAGAGAUAGAGAUUUCCUCCUGCUCUCCUUCCUUGACAAUUUGCGGCCAUCAUUGUUGUUAUUUUUGAUGUUUUUAUUGUUGCUUCUUGAUGUAUUGAUUUAUUGAUUUAUUGAUUUAUUGAUUUAUUGAUUUAUUUGUUCUCCGACUCUCCAGAGAGUUGCUCACUUUCAGCUUCAUAUUAUACAUACACAGUUUGAUAUUCCAAUCAGCAACACAGAGACCAAAUCUUUAUCCCAGUAUUUUUUCCAGUUAUUCUUCUGUGUCUUUCAGUCCAUUCUAGAUUCCCUCUCUUGUUUCGUCUUCUUCUGUUCUCAAAUCUACUUGUCGGUUAGAAUCAAGGAUCCCAACUCGGUUCUAGUUAAUUAGUGCGUGUGUCCUCCUAGAAGUCCAAAUCCAAGACACUCUCUUGUCAUUCGACUUGGAAGCGCAUUCUUCACAAUGGCUCCUCAAUUGUCUGUUGCUCGUGACUCCACGGAUGGUGACACCUCUGUUACCCAAAACCAGGAAUGUCUGCACCAUCGCACUGAAAGCCAAAGCAGGCGUAGGUCAGCCCGUCAUUAUCGUCCCCCCCAGCGGUAUUAUAGUCAUCAUACCUUUCAAACGCCGACACGGCACUAUGAAUUGAGGUCCAAAUGUCGUAUUUCUGCAAGACAACCACUUAGUCGAGAUCAGAUUAGCAAAAGACCAGAACUGCGACAUUCCAACAAUUCCGCCAGUAGUGGUGAUCAAAACGCAACAUGUCUCUCCAGCAAACCAUGUACUUCCGAGGGAAGACUUCUUGAGCAUCCCAUCGAUAUCCCUCAGAUGGUUACUCCAAGCGCCAGGGAGAAUACGUUUACCGAAGCUAUGAAUGGCGCCUUCAACCUUACAAAGUCCCCGCUUUGGUUGGGGAGAAAGUUGGCUGCUGCCACGCUUCCUGAGAAGGAGUCCUGGUUGCUUCAGAACCCGUGCAACCCAUUUGGCUCCGACACGAACAGCCACACGGGUUCGACCUCUUCCAUGACUGAUCAAUCCCAGAAAGAAGCGCACAAUUUAUCCAGGCUUGUAAACAGUCAAAACCAACCUGAUCGCAUGACUGUCGGGUUUGGCCUAGCUCAGAGCCCGACUACAGUUGAGACGGAUGAGUUUUCGCGGUUGCUACAAUCGAUCGAAUUGCACUCGCGGCAGUCGAAAGGUCUGGCAGACAUGGUAUCGAGCUACCUUGAGGGAGACGGAAGCCAUUCGGAUAUUAAUUCAGCGGUCGGCGAUGUCAAUAAAUUCUAUACCAAGCCACCCCGCCGCCCGAAUCAGAGUUCGGAAUGUAACCUCCAAGUUGCGUCCCUCCCAGGCGGCGGUGACAGCCCCGACCCACCUCGCGAUCACAGCACCCCAUUCCGUGGACAUAUGAUAGACCGUAUCGAUUCAGGCGGACCCGUGGUGGAUGUAGAGGACAACAACUGUGGUCCGGCAACGACCACCGUAGCUCCUGAGAAUAUCUCCCAAGACGAAGGCCCUAGGAUUGCCAGGGAUCGUCAAGGGUUGACUCGAAACCACACCACUGCCGAAAACAACCACACCCCGGCGAGCUGUAACGGUACUUGUACUUAUUUCGCUAUGCCACUCUAUGGGCUUCCACAGGAGCGGUUCUUGAGCACAUCCGAUUUUGGAGGUUUUUAUGAUACGUUCCUUCCGAGCGAAAAAACUUCAGAUGUCUCGUCGAAAAAAAGACCAGGGCAAAACAUCGAAGAUGCGUGCCAGUGCAAGCUAGAAUCUUCCUUUGGCUGCUGCAGCCAAAAAGCAAAGGCAUACGUUGACAAGCCUUACUCUUCAGAAGAGCUCCAGGUCUAUUCUCACUGCCGGGAAUGCCACCCAAAACGAGUUAAAGUUGAUCAUUUGGCAGCACAAUCCGACUCGGUUUACCAUAUCUGUGUAGCCCACCAGCCGUUUAAGGCCCCUUUACUUUCGCCAGGCGGAGGAGGUUCACACCCCACCGAAGCUACACCAGGGUACCAGCAAAGUUAUGAGUGCGGGCAGAAAUCUGCUGUGGUACCCGCUACGGCUAGCCCACAGAGUUGUGCUUGUCCAUCUCCAUGUUCAUGCCCACAGCCUUGUGCAUGUGAGUAUGUUGCAGAUGGUAAAAUGACCCUGAGAAAUGCCGCCUCUUCUGCACAACCACCACUUGGGAUAUCAAUCAAAUCACUUUUGUCUAACCCACAAAAUUGUGCUUGCCGACCUCAUUGUUCAUGCCCAUCGCCUUGUCAGUGCGGACAAGAUACCUAUGCUAAAGUGGGAAUGAGAGAUACCCAUCCUUCUGUACAGCUACCACUUAGGACAUCAAUUUGCGCUUUCCCCCUUUUUCAAGUUCAACCUCGGAACCCUGAUUUUCCUACUGGUGAAGUAAUUUCUUCCGAAAUUCACCAAUGUGGCGGCUGCGAAAUGCAAGCCCAAGACUAGGCAGAGAAUUUAGAGCAUCUCUUGAGCUCUCCUAAAGUUUUAUUUUGUCCGCUGUUUGCUCUUCGAUUUUCUGUUUUCCGUUAUCACAGUGGUUUCUCGGACUGGGGCUACAUUUCAAGUGGUGUAUUGUGUGAUAUUGAUGUUGCGCAGCACGGAAUUCCUCACCCAGGAGUUAAAACUUUUCACUCCCUUUCCUUUAGCAUGAUAUGUUGGUUUGACUAUUAUUAGCCACCGCAACAUUGUCGUGACUUUCACUCAUAAUAUCCACAUGUUGCAGUUUACAGUCGUUCAAUCUGUCGCGUUAGAAGUACCAAUUUGAAUCUUCAUUCGGUGCACCAUAACUGCUAAUCUCAAUGCUGGGUUUCUAGUUUUCGUCACAACUAGUUGCCAAGUAGUGUAGCGAAAGAUUCUCUCAAGUUCUAGCUCCGCGUUCCCACCCCUCCUCUACGCCGGGUAUUCCAAGUUUCAUCUGCCUAAUCGCAUCAGAUUCACGUUGGCAAUCCAAACCGCCAAUAAUAAGGCAAUAACCGGCUGCAGGAUAUAAUUAGGAUCAUGAAAGAAAAUUUUUCAAUAUUAUAUAUAUUUAUCCAACCGUUCCCGUCUAUAAAGUAGUAAGGAAGAGUACAAAUACAUAUGGAGGCCGGGCGUGGCUAAAAUGUAUGCAAGACAUAGAAACCAAAAGGUAAAAACUCCACUAUAUAAAACGGAGAAGAGAGAAGAGAGGUUCGGCUGUUGGGUCACAGCACACUCGUUCUUUUAUAAUUUUUGUGCGCAGGUAUGUGUGUGUGUGUGUGUGUGUGUGCGUGUGCGUGAGAGAGAGAGGAGGUGAGAGUGAGAGAGUGAGAGUGAGAGCACACGCGAAGAGGGACGGAUAUAUACACUGCCUACCAACCACCACCGGCCUUCCCGGCAAGUUCCGCUACACGAGCCAUAUCGCCCAUCCCCCCUGGAUCCUUACCCUUUUCCUUGCCCACGUCGCUCUCUACCUUUCGGAAAGUGGUAUACACAAGUUUUUCGAGUGGGAUAUUGGUGCUGCGGGACCAGUGGGACAACAGAUCGUCAAAUGGACGGUGACCUCUGUCGCGCGCGAUAGGGUGGGUGUUGGAGUUGGAAUCCGAAUCGGAAUCGGCUGAGAAGUAUGCUUCGUCGACUCGCGCUAGCCAAGCUCGCUGUUCCUGUGGCGUUGAUUUUUGGGUAGAUUGUGGCUGUGGCUGCUCAUCCUGCUGUAGUGGAUUGAUCGUGUCUUGCUUCGGGGUAUUAAUGUCUCGUACGUCCUCGACGCGUAUUUGCCCACCGCCAUUCGUGCAUCCACCGGGACACGCCAUUACUUCGACAUAAGCAUAAUCUGUGGCUGAUGUGUUGUUGGCUGCAGUUGCUCGCCCACUGCCUGCCCUGCGACCUAUCAUAGGCUUGGCGCCAGGGAGCCUAGAUGCGCGGGGGGGUUUUAGUUUCCGGACGAGGUUUUGGAUAUUACGGAAACCGUAGUAGCGAGCAGCUUUUAUAAUGGUAUCGCCUGAGGGAGAUGUUAGGGAAUAUUCAAUCACGUCAGAAUUUCGACCACGCUGCGUUUGGAUUUGGCUUCCCGGGUUUCGAUGUUGGUAAGCUGUGAGGAUGUGGAAGAGGUAUCCCCCCGACGUGCCAGCUGUGGACGGCUGGGUGGACGGGCCGGAUUUAGGAAAUAAGAAAGAUGCAAGGUAGGGAUCAGGGAAUAGAGGGGUAUAUGACGAAGGUAAUGGUUGCAAUGGGAGGUUUUGGAGCGAGAUAUUCCGCGACGUCGCUAGCAUGAGAACUUCGCGGGAUGUAAUGACGCAGUCAACAUCGCGGACGGGAGAAUGUGUGGUAGAUGAAGAUGAUUGCCAGGAAGCAUCUGUUAAUUCUUGCCGGCUAGCCUCCAGCUUUUUAUCGAAACAAGGCAUGAUGGCCAAGUGCCAAAUCUGGGCCGGUGAGAUGUUCAAUGCCUUGCUCAGCACGGUCUUCAACAAAGUGCCUGUAAGAGCUUGUGGAGAUUUUAGACGGGAUAUGUGAGGUAAGACGUGAGGGUGAGUCUUUUCGGCGUAACAUAUCCAUCCCGGACAGGCGGAUGAUAAGACUGGGCGCUUUGGGAUUGGAAACCCUUCGAGGCUAGGACUUCCUGAGUCCUCCAAAGACUCCAUAACUUCAUUCACGCUGAGCUCCAAGAAGACCUGCCGCAUAACGUUUGUAUCAACCACCCAGGCAAAACCAUUCCCGUGAGCGCCACCAGCCCUUAACCCUUGGGGGCCACCGAGGAAUUGCUCGAUCAACCAUCCGGCCUUGCGUUCAGAUAUUCCAUAUGUUGCGGCCAAGCUUGCUCUGACCUGUGGACUGACACUUGCAAUAAAUAUCUUCUUAUCGCCUUCUGCUAUGCUCUGCUGGCCUGCAGCAGAGAAACCGGCGUCAUCGCGUAAUGUUUGAGCGACACCGUGUCCGUUCCGCUCAUCAAUUCGUAAUUCGGGGCACGAGUCCAAGGUGUUAAGCACUUCAGCAUGCGACUGUAACGAUACCAAAACUGCUUCAGCAGAGGUGACGCAACCCGAACAUGCCAGACAAUCAGUCAGGGAGAUUUGAGCUGGGGGGGGGUUUUCCGGUUCGAUCUUGUCUUCUGUUGUAACUUCAUAUGCAUUCUAUUACCAGCAAGUUAGCGGAAAAGCUGAUUUUCUUUAAUUUUUUCUUUUUUUUUUUAAAAAAAAAAACAGGAAACUGCGAUGGGCUUUAACAUGUAUACCUCUGAGUUUUUAACCUCUUUGUGGGGUAGUGUUUCGAUGGGCUUUAUGCAAGCAACCCCUGGAGAAAUGAAGUCAUUCAAGUCAUCUGCAGACAGAAUUGCGCUCAUGGUGGCGGCACCAGAGCAACGACACUGUGCCGGUCGUGAAGGCGUCGCACCAAAUUUGUAGACCCUAGCUAUUCACAAAACUAACGAACGGGGUUAUAUGUGCCAGCAGAAACAAAAGACAGAUGUAGCAAACGUGACAGAAUAAAUAUACCUAGGUAUGGAGAAGGCAAAAAUUAUUUUACUUUAAUGGCCGUUGAUAUCCCGCUG